CGAUCUGUGGUCUAGGAAAUUGACACUGGGUGGUCUAACCUUGUUUAUUUUCUUCUGGUAAAUUCCAGUUUAAAACUUAUUCGUUUAUAAAAAAUAAACUUCGGCACGUCUGAAUCAGUCAAUCCAGUGUUUAAACUUAACGUGGUCAAUAUGCCAGGAAUUGAACGAAAACCAGAAGUUGCUGGGGCCCUUGUGCCUGUUCCAACACCAAAUGGAGUCCAGCCUAGACAACCUACCAAUCUGCAAGGUCUGCUUAAGUUUUGCAUGGAAGCAACGCGAUCGGAAGAUGCCCCCAAUGACACUCAACUUCUUCCCAUGGAUGAAGAGAGAAGGAAAUGGUUGGAAAGUGCUCUGAAAUCCAUGACUGUUGAUGUGAUUGAUCUACUGAGGAAGCAAAUUGAGAUUCUUCAAAAUGUUGACAAAAUCCAACCUACGGAUGAUAUUUCUCAGUAUGAGAGUGCGGUGGAAACGAUUUUGGACUAUGUUGAUGAUAUUGAUACAGCAUGCGACUUUCACAAAAUUGGUGGCUUCUUGGUGUUAUAUCCGUGUUUAAAAUCCAAUUACACUAAGCUGAGAGCGGCAGGUUGUGAACUGUUAGCUGUUUUAUGCCAGCACAAUCCUUAUUGUCAGCAAGUUGUCCUGGAUAAUGAAUUUGUGCCCAAAUUGCUAAAGAUGAUUGAAGACGAUGAAGAUGUCCAUGUGGCUGUUAAAGCUUUGUACGCUCUCAGUGCGAUUAUUCGGCAUAGCGAAGAAGGGUUUGGGCAAUUUAUUCAUUACAAUGGCCCAAUGAUUCUCCUGAAGGCCCUGGAUCGGGGUGAUGAUAAACUGAACACCAAGGCGACAUUUCUUCUGACGAAUCUCUGCGAUUCACAACCGGAUUUCAAAAGUCGCUUGGUUUUUCUGGAUUAUGUCCCAAAAUUGAUUAAUCUGAUAUCCAAAGAACGACAGCCUAGUCAUGAGUAUGUUUUAACGUUACUGGACUCGCUAGUUGAAGCAAAUGCAACCGCGUUAACUGAAUGCAAACAUCCAAGGCAUCAUUUUGAAGACGUCCUGCGGAAUUAUCUCCGCUACUGUGAAGAUAACAUCGAAGAUUGUGCGAAAGAAGCUCAGAUUUGCACCCGGUUAUUACAUUCGGUGUUUGAAGUAGGUAAUUAAUAUAUUUUUGCUGUUAAGUUUGUACAGUUUAUCUAGGUUUACUGUUUAGUUCUAAGAGUGUUAACCAAAUUAACACAUUAAUGUAGGUUUUUACAUGAAGAACGUUUUUGGAUAAUAAUAAAUGCAAAUCUUCGCGGAUUUAAUUUGAAAUCCAGUCGAACUUCUUUUUUUUCGUAUUUUAUCUUCUGUGAAGAGUUGCAUCUUUUGGAGCUUCUAGGUCUUGAAGAUGAGCUCGACUUUGGCUAUUUGGCCGAUCGAUCUAACUGAUUCCGUAGUUACGGGGUAUUUUUCACGAUACGCUUUCUACCGCUGAAAGUCCGUCAUAUAACUUUUGAUGCACUCUGUAUACAAAACUUGUUCAGAAUAUUUUAGAAUCGAAUUGUACUACAGUGAUUUACUGGGUGUUUCAUAUGUUAAAUCUGCGAAAUUGUUUGUUUGUAUCAUGAUCGAGGACCUUCGUGGUGACACCCUGUAAAGGAGCAAGCAAGCUGAUUAUAAUUUUCUAAAUAUGUAUUAAUAUAGACAAUUAGAACUUG